CUCAAAGAAAAGUAUGAGAGCGUAUCAUCGAAUCUACAAGAAUUCAUAUCGCUCACGCAACUCACAAUUGCACAAGCAGCAAAGAUUUCACCAAUCAGAGUCCAGGAUUUGCAGGUUGAUUAUGACACUACAAGAGUGUAUGUAGAAUUUACUAUGAUAAAUCGAGCACCGGAGGGCGCUGUGUCGAAUCCAGUUUCCGAGACAACCUUAGAAGAUGCUAUAGAAAAUCUUCGUACAGUCAUAGACAAUGGAGCAUUUUACGUCUUGCAGUUCCAAGCUGAGCCGAACAGCCUACGUGAUGAUGUUUCAUUGCCGGAUCAUAUCGAUUUCAAAGGCGAUAAGACCGUGUGCGAGCCAGAGGUACCUUAUAACUCGAUGCCGAUGCCACUUUUUCCUCCUAACUUUCAAAUGAAAAUUGAAGGCAAAGUUCAAGAAGGGACGAAAUUCAAAUUCGAAGCCGAGGAGUAUUUUGAUGGACGGAAUCGCACGGCCGCAAUAAAGUAUACCGAAGAGGGCGUAACUCAACGUGUUAUAAUUGACAUGAAAUACAAGUAUUUAUAUAGAAUUCAAGGGAGCAUUUGUUCGAUUGUAAAUUAUGACAGUCCUGAUAAGGUCGCCGGAAUAUUCCCACUGAGCUCAUUGAAUCAGUUACGACAAGGAAAUGAGAUAUACUUUGGCGAGCAGACGAUCCGUGGAAUACCGGUGAACCACUGGCAGUCCUGCAUCUACUGGCCCAAGCUUUCCGCCACAUUCACUGUCGAUUGGUACUUCGCCAAGCCAGAGUAUCUGAGUGCAUCUACCUGGACACAAGCGCUCGUACGCACGCGCGUUCGUGGUAAAGCAAUCAACUUAGAUGAACCAUCCGGGCCUACCAGAGAUUUUGAACACAUUUAUGACUACUUCGCAUUUAGGUCCGACAUAUAUUCAGACGGCGACAGCCCAUUUUUGAUUCCACCAGGAACAGUGUGUACUGGCGAUACUUUUUACAACUCUCUGGAAGUUCCCAUGGUCCCUCCGUAUUUUGUUUUCAAAGGCGAAGAAAUCGUACCGAAUGCAAAAUAUAAAUUUGAUUUUGACGAAUACUACGAUGAUGAAUACCAACUGAUCCGCACAGAUGUGAAGUCCACUCUCAAAUACAAUGGCUACGAUGGUCCGGUGCCAACUUCAUACAUCGAUGACUACAAUACAGGGGUUUCCCACAUAAUUGACUUGUAUCAUGGAAACUGUACGAUUCAGAUGAUUUCGGGCAACUCACCUUCGCCAAUGAUGCGUACGGGAUCCGCAAUAUUCUUCCGCAAAGAAAACCUGACGUUUACAUAUCGAGGACAGUAUCCCCAUCGUGAAAUAAUGGCCAACGUAUGGUCAACGCAGGUUACUUAUAAUGAGGGAACAACCAAAGAAAGUUCGUGGAUUGUCGAAGUGUACUACACACCUGAAAGUUUACAACUUGUGCAUAUUGAUGGAAGCGUGUCGGCGCAACAAAUACCGAUUCACGUGGAAGCUAGAAAUCAGAAUGUAAAAGAUGAACAACUGCUCCUAAUCAACGCUUACGAUUUUCGUACAAACCAUCCACGAAGCGGUGCCUUUGAUGUCAGUCAGUGUUAUCAUAAGUCAAACAACAAGCGCUUCCAGGUCACAAUGGCAUCAAAUUACUGGGCCACAAUUCAGACGUACGAAGAAUGGUUUAAGUCUGCAGCUCUCGUCACAAUCGCUAAACAUUCUGGUAUUUCUCCAGUUCGCAUUCAUGCGGUGACGAUGAAUCUAUCUGAAUCUCCAAACAAAGUGAUACUGUUCUUUACAAUGCUGGUCAAAUCAAACCUUGUCGAGGAGUUAAGUAUUGACGAGGCUAUCAAUUCGAUGGGAACUUUCGUAGAUAGUGGGUCUUUCGUUAUCAGAAUGAGUAUCAACGGAGACACUACUCAAGUGAAAGGAAUGGAAGACAAGGGAGAAUCAGUAUAUCUAUUUUUGGUCGACCCAAAUAGUCUUCAAUCUUUUUCGGUCCAAUCAGAAACCGCCGCCGAUGGUUAUAGUGUCGGGGCAGUUGUCGGUGUUGCAAUUGGAACUUUUCUAUUCAGCAUCUCCUUAACUGUCAUAAUCAUGCUUUAUGUCAGCAAGAAGAAAGGCGACAAACGUACACCAGGCGGAUUACCUGCUCAAGAGGUAACUGCAGAUUACUAAACGUAAAUGGUGGAUCGAGAUAGAAGCAGAAAAUGCAAAAUUAUCCCCAGCAUUUCUCCAAUUCCCUCCUCCCAUUUGACUGUCACAAAUUGUCGUUCCACCACGCUCUGUGUGUAGUGUGUAUGUUGCUCUUUGUUUUCAAUGGGUCUAUGGUACGAGUUUUGUAAUACUGAAUCAGCCAUGUCGACGUAGGUCUAACUUUAAAAUAUUUGAGAACUACAGUUGUAAAUCUAUUGAAUUCAUUAUUUUCUUACAGUUUAUACAUGAACUAGUUUACCUUGGUAUAUUGUAGCUAAAGUUCUUAUGAAUCGGAUUAAAUUUUAAUAUGUAUAA